GGUUACUGAUCAUGACACUGUGUCUCGGGGUAUAAAAAGCAGGGCCACUCCUUUCACUGUACUGUAGUCUACGUCUGGUGACUACCACUCAGCACCAUAGCCGGACAGGGGUGUGUGCUGUCUGGUUUGUAAGCGAGGAUGGCGACGCUUGUGGGAUCCGCAGAAAUUGAGACUUUAUGCAGCUCUAGCAAUAUAAUGGCAUCCCCGACUUCUGCGAGUCUCUCUCACCGCUUUGUCGAUGACACAUUUUACCUACUUGUGGUUAUUGGAGAAAUGGUCACGGAGGAUCACUUGAAGUGUGCCAUUGCGGAUAUAGAAAAAGGGAUUCGCUCAUGGGACACCAACCUCAUCGACUGUAACCUAGACCAGGAACUUAAGCUCUUCGUCUCCAGACACUCAGCCCGUUUCUCUGCAGACAUACGAGGGCAGAGAAUUCUUCACCACAAAAGCAGUGUUCUUGAGACAGUAGUGCUGAUCAACCCCUCAGAUGAAGCUGUUAGCACUGAGGUUCGUCAGAUGAUCUCAGACACAGCCAGGCACAAACUACUGGUUCUUUCAGGGCAAUGCUUUGAAAACACAGGAGAGCUGAUUCUGCAGUCUGGCUCUUUCUCUUUCUUCAACUUUAUUGAUAUAUUCACAGACCAAGAGAUUGGUGAAUUGCUUAGCACUAUUCACCCAGCAAACAAAGCAAACCUAACCCUUUACUGCCCUGAACAUGGUGACUGGAAAAACUCAAACCUGGACAAACACAACCUACAAGACUUUAUCAACAUAAAGCUCAACUCACCCCUCAUACUUCCAGAGAUGGAAGGUCUCUCAGAGUUUACAGAAUACCUAUCGGAGUCAGUAGAAAUUCCCUCUCCCUUUGACAUGCUGGAACCGCCAACUUCGGGUGGUUUCCUUAAGCUGUCAAAACCAUGUUGCUAUAUUUUCCCUGGCGGCCGUGGUGACUCUGCCCUAUUUGCUGUGAAUGGAUUCAACAUGCUUAUCAAUGGGGGCUCUGACCGUAAGUCCUGCUUCUGGAAGCUGGUGAGACACCUUGACAGGGUAGACUCUAUCCUUCUAACCCACAUCGGUGAUGACAACCUUCCAGGCAUCAACAGUAUGCUUCAAAGAAAGAUGGCUGAGCUGGAUGAAGAGCAGUCACAGGGAUCCCAAGCUACCGGUGACUGGGUAAAGAACCUCAUAUCCCCAGACAUUGGGGUUGUGUUCUUGAAUAUUCCUGAGAAUCUGGAAAGCCCUGCUGAACCGAACUUCAGGAUGAGGAGGAACAUUGAGGAGGUGGCACAAACUCUCCAUUAUCUGAGCAAGCUGAAUCUGAAGCCUGAGCCUCUCGGGAGACCAAUUGGGAACACUAUCGAACCCAUCAUUCUGUUUCAGAAGAUGGGUGUGGGGAAGCUUGAAAUGUAUGUACUGAACCCAUCAAAGAAUAGCAAGGCCAUGCAGAACUUUAUGAAGCAGUGGACAGGCAGUGAGAAAGACAAAGACACUGUUCUUCUGCCCAAUGGAAAAGAAUCAGAGCUCCCAAUUUCUUAUAUGACCUCAAUCUCUUCCUUGAUUGUGUGGCACCCUUCUAACCCUUCAGAGAAGAUAGUACGUGUCCUGUUUCCUGGCAAUGCCACACAGUAUCACAUUCUUGAAGGUCUGGAAAAACUAAAACACUUGGAUUUCUUGAAGCAACCAGUUAUCACUCAGAAUGAGCUAUCUUCUAACCUGGCACCAGCUUUAAAGCAAGCAAAGUUAAAACAUAAAACUGACAGCAAGGAGAGUCUCAAGUCAGUCACCAGGCCAUCACCAACUAAAAGUUUCAAAAAGGAGUCAAAAGAUGAGACUCCUGAGAAGGCAAAGACAGACUCGGAAUUGACUCAAGAAAAGACACAAAAAUUUGAGAAAAAAGAUAAACCCUUGGUUAAAAAGGAAAAGGUGAAGGCACCAGAAAAAGAAGUGAAGGCAAAGCCAGAGCCUACUCCUGAAACUCCAGAUAAAAAGAAGACUGAAAUUAAAGCAAAAACUCUUAAAGAAAAAAUUAUCAAGAAAGACCCCAGAAAGUCUGUAGAAAAGAAAAAUGAUGAAAAGGAUGUGAAGAAAGAAGUAUUGAAGAAAGACGAGAAGCAAACUUUUAAAAAGGAAGAAACCCCCAAAAAGGAACAGAAGCAAGAAACCCCCAAAAAGGAACAGAGGGUGAAGAAAGAAGAGGUGAAGAAAGACAUUAUAAAGAAAGAUAAAGAUUUCAGGAGAGAUUCCCCCAUGAGGACAAGAAAGGAAGAAAAUAAGGAGCAAAAGAAAGAAGAUCUAAAGAAAGACAUUAAAAAAACAACCAAAGACAUAAAAAAGACUGCUUCAGUUGAAGUGAAAAAACCUGCACCAAAACCAAAACCUCUCAAAAAAGAGGACGCUGCAAAAAAGGAUUUUGGAAGCCCUUCCAAGUCCAAAGGAAAACCAAAAGUCACCAAGAAGGACCACAAGACCAUAGAUGCUAAAUCUGCUGCUGCAGUAGCGGACGUUGACACAGCAGGAGUGGUAGCUACAGCCACAUGUGCUGCCGAAGUCCUUGAAACAGAAAGAGCAAUGAUGUCUUCUCCAGAGGACCUAACCAAGGACUUUGAGGAGCUCAAAGAAGAGGAGAUUGUUCAGGAGGAAGAGCCAGUGUUGAUCCACAGAGAGGACCUGCACUCUAAGGAGUCCCCAGAAGCAGCAGAGUCACUUGAUGAGGGGAUCACAACUACUGAGCAUGAAGAAGAAGGCGGGGAGAGUCCAGAGGAGCAUGAGCAUAAAGGGAAGUUAAGUGGCAGUGGCAGUGAGAAGUUUGAAGAUGAGGGGACUGGAUUAGAUUAUGAAGAGAAGGGAGAGACAGAAGAGGUCCAAGAGCCAAUGACUAAAGAAGUGGCCAAGCAUAAACAUGUGGAGGGUAGUGAAGAUGAGGACUCUGACAAUGGGGGUAUGGGAGCAGACCAGUAUGGAAGAGAUCAUAACAGAAAUGAAAGAGAAUUACAGAAGUUGGGUCUGUCUGUAACACCCUCUCCUAAAACAUCAGAACAUCUUUCUCCAGCUGCAUCUAUUCAUGAUGAGACCCUUCCAGCUGGAUCUGACGAUGAAGCAGCCUCAGAUGAUGAGAACAGAGAUGAAGCAUACACCGCUACAUCUGGCCAUACCCAGUCAACUAUUGAAAUAUCUAGUGUUCCUACUCCAAUGGACGAAAUGUCCACUCCAAGGGACAUUAUGAGCGAUGAGACAACUAAUGAUGAAACAGAGGAUUCACCCUCUCAGGACUUUGCCAGGUUUGGAGGUACCAUGUUGGGAGACUUUGAGAGAAAGAGGCUUUCUCCACUACAUGACGGCCCUGAAUCAGACCAUUCAAAGAGCGGUGCCACUGAAGGCAGGGACUACCAUGUUUCUGCUUCCACAAUAUCUCCUCCAUCAUCACUGGAAGAAGACAAAGAGGAAGGUUUCAAGUCAGAGCACUUUGGACUUGAUUCCGAAAGACUCCGCUCUGAAUUCACAACUUCUUCACCUCUCAUACGCUCCCCUUCAGCUCCCAAAGGAACAUUUGACCUAUACCCAUCUGGAUUUGCAGCCCCAAUUGAACUUUGCACAACACUUUCAGUAUCGCCAAAGGCAGCAGCUGGGUCUUCAACUACCCCAGAUGACAAGACAUUAGAAGGUACCACCUCACCUCAUUCCUCUGGUCACACACCUUACUUUCAGUCUCCCGUGGAUGAGAAGGUUGGCUCUAUACCACCUGCAAAUGACCAGGGUCCUGUAAUUGUAGAAGUUACAAGUGACAAAGAGGAUUCCAACAGGGUCAGUCCCAUGGAUGAUCCAAUUCCUGACCACUCUUCACCUGUAGAGAAGGUGCUGUCACCAAUUAAGAGCCCAUCACCUUUAGGAGGAGAAAAGUCAUUCUUUGAUUUAGAUCAUAUGACAACAAUUCCCUCAAUUCACGAUGAGAAGAAAACUGGAGCAAGCGAGAGUAACACAAUCUCUUCCACAAACCCGUUUAUAGGUUUCAAAGAAGAGAGUAAAAUGUCAAUCUCAGAGGGAACCACAUCUGAUAAGUCAGGUAGCCCUGUAGAUGAGGCUAUAGCAGAGGACACUUUUUCCCACAUUGCGUCAGCUUCCACUGCUUCAUUAGCAACCAGCUCAUUCCCAGAGCCCACGACAGAUGAUGUGUCCCCUGCCCUCCAUGCUGAAGCAGGCUCCCCUCAAUCAACAGAGGUGGAGGACUCCCUGUCUGUUUCUGUGGUUCAGACUCCAACUCCUUUCCAGGAGGCAGAGGUCUCUCCCAAAGGAGACAGCCCCAGGCCCAUGUCAAUCUCUCCAGAUAUCUCACCAAAGACAGCCAAAUCAAGGACACCAGUGCAGGAACCUAAAUCCCCAGAGCAUUCUACCAUGUCAUUUGGCCAAGAGUCCCCUGAUCAUUCAUUAGUCCUGGACUUCAGCAAACAGUCUCCAGAGCACCCCUCUGCAGGCAGCCAGCGUGCCACAGAAAAUGGUCCAACAGAGGUGGACUACAGCCCCUCAGAGGGCAAUGAUCUGAGACCUGCCGAGCAGUGCCGGCCCACUGAGGAAGAGCCAAUGUUCUUCAAAGACAAUGACUCAGGUCGCGCCACCUCUGUGUCCCCAUCAGAGGCAUCCCAGUCAACCCCCUCAACAACUACACCUUGUCAGAUGAGGGAAAUGUCACCAGGCCUAGCCCAACAAAUGGAAAAAUCCCCUGCCACCCCAAAAGGGUCUUCCCCUAAUUCAUCCUCUAAUUCUUGCUUCACUCAGAAAACAGAUAUAUCCCUUGCAGUCGAGACUAAUCCCUUCAAAUGCGAGGGAGAUUCCAAAUCCCCAGUCAGCCCCAAGGUUCCCUCCCCAUCCUACCUACCGCUAUCCUCCAACCUGUCCGACUAUCAGCAGUUUGCAGGUGGUUCCAGGGACCCUGACAUAUCCAAGAAGAGCCCCUCGCCUGGGUCUAGGAACAGUGUUGACCUUUGCCUUGUGACCUCUUGUGAGUAUCGCCACCCUAAGACGGAGUUGUCCCCAUCCUUCAUCAAUCCUAGUCCCUUGGAGUACUUUAUGAAUGAGGAGAACCCUCUGGAUGAAGAGAAACCUCUGGCUAAGUCAGGUGGAGGACCUCCACCUCCUUGCGGUAAACCUCACACUAGACAAUGUGAAGAGACUCCACCAACCUCCAUAAGUGAAUCGGCACCAUCCCAGACAGAUUCGGAUGUUCCCCCUGGGACUGAAGAGUGUCCCUCUAUUACUGCGGAUGCAAACAUAGAUUCUGAGGAUGAUUCUGAGACACUACCAACAGACAGGACCCUAACCUACAGACAUGCAGAUCCUGCUCCACUAGCCCCCAGGGACUGUGCUCCAUCUCCAGCUCACCCAGAUGUAACCAUGGUGGACCCAGAGGCUGACAUGCUUCCCGCAGACGACAACAACCAGACCAAGGACUCAAAGGUAGAGGAAGCUGAGAAAGUUAAGAAGAAAAAGCUUGCUAAGACAAAGUCCUCCUCACCAGUCAAAAAAACUGGCCUAUCAAAAGUAAAGGAUUCCAAAGUAACGGCCUCCCCUAAGAGGAGUGCUGUAGAAGGGAAAGAUGCCAAAAAUGCUACAAAUACCUCUGCAUCCAGGGGGGUGAAAAGCGCAACAUCUGGUUCAGGCAAUGGAAAGACGACAGCACCAAUGCCCAUCCCCAACUGCCCUCCCAUGUACAUGGACUUGGUUUACGUCCCUAAUCACUGCAGUGCCAAGAAUGUAGAUGCAGAGUUCUUCAAACGGGUCAGAUCCACCUACUAUGUAGUAAGUGGCAACGAUCAGACGGCCCAGGAGCCCAGCCAAGUAGUGCUUGACUCACUGCUAGAGGGAAAAGCAACAUGGGGAAACAACAUGCAGGUGACACUUAUCCCAACACAUGACUCGGAGGUGAUGAGGGAGUGGUACCAGGAGACCCAUGAGAAGCAGCAGGACCUGAACAUCAUGGUGCUGGCCUCCAGCUCCACAGUGGUCAUGCAGGACGAGUCCUUCCCCGCCUGCAAGAUCGAGCUUUGAACCUGAUCCUGGGCUAAGUUCCACUUCAAAUAAUGCCUCUUCUCUCUGUUUAAUUCUUCACUUGAUUGUGCACUCCAUUGACGUUGCAAGUUGUUUUUGGAAGGUGGCACAUUCAGAGCGAGGACACUAAUGGAGAGAAGGGGUUAUAGUAAUUUGGAUGGAACGACACUCUGGACUCUCCUGAUCUAUUGAUCUAGUAAGCGAGAGAUCUAGUGACCAAGUGGAUCAUGUUAUUAGUGGUAUCUUUUAUGAGGGAUGACGUGGACUAAGAGUUAAAACAUAAUGUAAAGGUGUAAUUUGAGCAAAGGGUAUUUUACAUGUAAAAUCACGACUGCAAACCUAACCGUCCACAAUACCCAAAUGAGGUAUUAGACACAAGUGAAUAUUACCUUUGUAAAACACUUAAAAUACAAGGGAUGCUGUUACAGCAAUAUCCUGAAUGAAAUGGAAAAAAAUUACGUUUGUUGCUCCCACAGUUUCAGAAAGUGAUCUUGAUGUAGAUUGAUUUCUUCCAAAACUUGCUUAACCUUGAGCAUCAAUUAUGAAGUAAGAAGUAAAAUAUAGGUGAACCAAGGAAAGAAAGUCUGUACCUGUCCAUACUUCGACAAUUGUAAAUCUGACUAAACAAUUAUAAUCAUGGUGCGGCAGUCCUCAAGUUCCUACAAGUUACUAUGUUUAAGUAACUGGGGUGUGAAAGUGUAGAAGGUCAUGGAGCAAUGACUCAAACCACUCGUAAUAUCUCUGUCCAUAAACAUUAUGAAUUCACCCAGCUUCAUUCACCAAAGGACUGAAUGGAACACAAGUUAUUGCCUUAGGAAGUGAACUGAAUGUAAAAGAUUGAAUGCACUGAGGACAACCAGCAGGUAGAAUAUGUAGGAACGAUGACAAAACAUAAAAAACAACACAAUGAGUCUGUGUCAAAAAAUCACUGUAGAGAGUUGUUUUAGUUUUUCAGUACAGGAGUUAGAUGAAAUGUAAAAGAGCCAGAAGAAAAUUCAACUGCACUGAGGGGCUUUGGAAUUAAAACAUAAUUUGUGAUUAUUUUGAGAACAAGACUAUUAUAGUCAAGAUGUCAAUGACCCUGACACUAUCUUGAUUAAGAAUUAUGCUGCAAACUUUGCUCAAAUGAUUGUUGAUUUUUUUGUGUUGCACAUUGAUUAAUAUUAUUAUUAAUUCAAACAUUCUCUGUAAGAUCCAUGAUUUUUGUUAUUUCAUCAGUGUUUAAAAAAAAUGUUAUUUAUUUAUUUAUUUAAUUUAUUCUUAGAUCACAUAAAACUUUGAAUCUAGUCUCCUAAUGAAAAUAUGAAAGAUUUGUAUUUGUUUUCAAUGUUGGCCAAACUUUUUGAAAAGCAUUGUUUUAACAUUAUGUCUGUAACAUUUAGUGUUUGUAUGUUUAAAAUUUUUAAUUUCUAUUAAUACCAGUAGAACUGUAUGUGCUCUACUGUAUACUCCAACUCUAUCCAUCUUCCCAGCCUUUUAUGUAGAGCCACAAAAGAUGCUGUAACGACGUGAAUAUUCUACAAAUAUGUUCAGCUUUGUGAAGCAAGAUACUUUCCUAACCUAACAUUUUCUUCAGUUUUUCUAAGAACACUGUACUAUAAUUAUAAAUAGCUUUGUGGCAGGGUGAAUGGUUGGAUGAAAUGUGCAUGAGUAAUGUAUAAUAUACAAUGCUUUUCCCCCUACCUUUUUUAAGUAUGAGGCAAAUCUGCUCUUAACUGCCAAAAUGUCAAUUCAAGGCUGUAUCAACAUGAAAAUGAAGACGUACAAUAAUAGUUGGUUGAUCCUUGAGGGGUUCCCAGCUACGCUAUGAUGGCAAGGAGUGAAAAGGACUGUGUUGGCCAUUAUAGGGCCUUAAAAUCUUCCCCAUCAUAGUCUAUGUCCCUGAAGUUAGUCAAGGAAGAUGUGUAGUACCUCAGCCGUCCACAUAUCUGUAAAAAUGCAGUGGUCAGUAUACCUCUGCCAAAUUUGUACCAGUCAAGUAAAGCUCUAUAGAUAUGCUAUGAAAAGAGAAAAAACACAAUGGAGAGUGACUGUCUUUGUCAUGAGUUUUAAGUUUGAGAAACAAAAAAACUAGACACUUUAAAAGCCAGGAAAAUGUAUAAUGAUUAUAAUGCAAAGCCAUGAAGAGAACAAUAGAAAACACCCAUGUUCAAACUCUAACUGCAAAAAUAAAAAACCUUGGACAUGGCUUUAGAGUAGCCAUGGAAAAACUACAGUCAUCCACUACUCAAAAGAAAUGGUCACUGUUAGGAAGGGGUUUGAACCAAAAUCAUUUUCCAAUCAUUUCAGUUUUUUAAUUAAUUCCAUUCCACUAUUCAAACCACUAAAAUACAUUUGAGAACUGUUUCAACUUCCAAAAAUGUUCUGGUUUAUGUUUUUUUCUUGUCUUUUUUUAUCACAUUAAGCUUUGUAAAUCACUGAUCAAUGCAGAUAGAGCAGCAUGGUAUGAAAUGGCCAAGCUAGCUAGUUGUUUACAUGCUUGAUUGACAGCUAAGUGUAGGGUGCGAGAAACAUUUUAUGAGAAAGGAGUGGACAUGAAGGAAGCUCAGCUUAAAGUGUUGGACAUCAGGAUAUUACUUGCUAUUAUUUAAAUGAAUUACAGAAUUACUAGAACGCUACAGAGGAUUCAUUUACUGAUUUACAGAAUUAUUAGAACACUACAGGGGAGGGGCUACUGUGGAGGAGCCCUGAAUGACAUCUGUAGUAACUAUUUCUGUAUCAGAGUUGAGCUAGAUAACAAGCUCAUGUGGGCCCAUUUUCAUGUUUUCUCUUUUUGUGUUCUAUUACCUGAUCCAGUUCCAACCGCUGCUAGUAGGUAAUAACUCACAAUGAUGAAAUACAGUCAACCAACCAGGGUCAGGGACCAAAUAGUGAGUUUUUUUGUUACCUCAUGACUGAAAACAUUUGCUACACCUCAAACUGGAACUAGUAGGAAACCUGUCUAUGGCUGGCUUCAUGUGCUCAUGUGAAAAUGUAAACUGGAAGUGGUGGGUCUAACACGAAUUGGUAAUACUAAAGUUUGCUAACAACACUGACAAUUAUCAAAGUAGCUACAUUAUCCAUUUUGAUAACGGUCAGAAAUAGAUUUUUCUCUUCCUUUGGGGAAAAGGUAAAAGGGUAAUCACAUUUAUUCAGAGUUUCCCACUUGUAAAUUCACCUUGUCAUCCAAGUAAAAUGUUCCACUGGAAACUAGGACCUUCCGAUAACUCCGGGGCCAUACAGCAUAUUCCUGAGCUCUGACUUCCUCCACAUUUGACCUCUGAGUCUGACAACUACUUACUACAGAAAUGAUCUUAUUAAAAGGGUUUUCAUUUGUUAAAUGCGGCAAAGAAAAGAAUGUUUAUAAAAACAAUCUGUUAAUGUGGUUUCUGAAAUAACUUUUAUUCACGAGCAUGCUGGCUAUUCUUAAAUUAAGGUUAUCAACAUCAACGCAGAUGGUGGCAAUUAGCCAACCACUGUUUCCUAACGACUUCAAUCCAACUGGUAUUUACAACUUCAGAACUAGAAAUUUCACACUUUCACUUGGUUAGUCAGUUUUAAUUACUGUCUUCAUGAUGGGUCUUCAUGUCCUGUACAGCUCUGCAACAGGAAACUUUAACCAUAACCAUCUCGCAGUUCAACCACCACCUAUAGUGACCGACUGACCACACACUGCUCUUUCUUGACUUUUCCUCACUCUAAUACUAUACUGUAUUCCUUCCUGUCUCUCUUCUUGGGUGAUUUUUAAUAGUUUCUGUCUGCAGCUGUGUAGUAUAAAAUAGUCUUGUGACCUGUGCAUCCUCCCUAUCCUUUUCCGAAGUCAUAUCUAAUGUAGCAAUUAGUUUGACGUGAAAGUAUUAGUGCUUUUCUGAUAUUUGUGUGCAAUAUCUCCUCCGCCCUCAUAUGGGACAUUUGAUGUACUAAUAAUAAAAAGACAACCUACAAAAAUAGUCACAAUAAUAAAAUGUUGGGGAAAAUCUCGAA